GAUUUAAAGUAACCAACAGCAGAACUUCUGAGAUUCACUUAUUCCACUCGAACACUUCAAUCGAAUUACAAACAAAAUUUUCCACUUCCCAUAUUUUCUAAACCAAGUCGACCUUUAUUCACUAUGCAUUACUCGAAGCUCAUCAUCAUCGCCUUCGUUGGCUAUACCUCAGGACGUGCGAUUUCAUUCGAGAACCCUUCUUCUCCCUCUAAGAGAAGCGAUCUUCUCCUAGAUUACAAGAGAGGCGAAGAUGCCCUUGAGUACAAGAGAGGCGGGGAUGCCUUAGAGUACAAAAGAGGCGAUCUUCUCUUGGACUACAAGAGAGACGACGACGCCUUAGAGUACAAGAGAGAUGACGACAUCCUAGAGUACAAGAGAGGCGACGACAUCCUAGAGUACAAGAGAGAUGACGAGGCCUUAGAGUACAAGAGAGACGACGACGCCUUAGAGUACAAGAGAGAUGACGAGGCCUUAGAGUACAAGAGAGACGACGACGCCUUAGAGUACAAGAGAGAUGACGAGGCCUUAGAGUACAAGAGAGACGACGACGCCUUAGAGUACAAGAGAGACGACGACGCCUUAGAGUACAAGAGAGAUGACGACAUCCUAGAGUACAAGAGAGAUGACGACAUCCUAGAGUACAAGAGAGGCGACGACAUCCUAGAGUACAAGAGAGAUGACGAGGCCUUAGAGUACAAGAGAGAUGACGAGAUCCUAGAGUACAAGAGAGACGACGACGCCUUGGAGUACAAGCGGGACGAAGAUGUUGCUAGCUUGGAAGAAGCUAUUACCAAACGGGACGCAGCUCUUACAGAAGAGAAGAGAAAUGAUGGAGAUUACUAGCUUUCUGACGAUGUUGUGGAUUACAAUUGAAGGGAUGUCAUUGAUCGGGAUGAGCAAAGUAGAAGUGCGAAGGA